CUACCCGCCAUCAUGUCUCCCAUCCAACCCUACACCUACACCGGCCCCAUCGACCACACAACUCCAAUCGCCUGGUCAGAACUCCAUGGAAAAUCCGUCAUAAUCACAGGCGGUGCAAAUGGCAUGGGCGAAGCGACAGUCCGAAAAUUCGUCGAAGCCGGAGCAUUCGUAACGUUUGGCGACGUCAACGAAUCCCGCGGUAAAGAACUCUCAACUGAAUUGAUCCAAAAAUAUGGACAGAAGUGCCAAUUCGUCAAAUGUGAUAUCCGGAACUGGGAAGAUCAAGUGAGAUUGUUUGAGAAAGCGACGAGCGAUGGGAGAGGAUUGGAUGUUGUGAUUGCGAAUGCAGGGAUUAGUAGGGCGAGUGGGGAUAGUUUGUGGAAUUUGGAUGAUCUAUCGAAACCACCCGUCAAGCCAGAUCUGAAUAUCAUUCAGACCAACAUCAACGGCACAUUGUAUACAUUCAAGCUCGCGACCUAUCAUUUCCGCAAGCAAAAGACCCCAGGAGGUUGUUUUAUCAUGACGGGAAGUUUGGUCGCAUAUGUUGACUCACCAGCAAAUUGGGAAUACACAGCCUCCAAGUACGCCCUUCGAGGCCUCUUGCACACAGUCCGCCGCAACAGCUGGGAGCAAGGCAUACGAAUCGCCUACGUAGCACCGUGCUACAUCAAAAGUGCGAUCCGAACAGCCGAAUGGGAAGCCUCGCUCCUGAAGCAAAAUGUCCCGUUCGGAGAGACCGAGGAUGUCGCUGCGUGCUUUGCACGGAUUGCUACAGAUCCAGAGACAAAUGGCCACUCCCUCAUGAUCGUCCCUCGCUCCCUCGCUCCACAAGGAUUCAUGGAUACUGGUCUAGAAGAUUUCACAGAGGAAGGAUUCAUGAAAGCGACGCAAAUUUCGCAACUCAAUGUUAUCAAGGAUCGUUGGCUCGAAGGCGCUGAAAUUCAGAUAUACAAGAAGUAAUGGUAGUACCCAGAAACUACUGCCAAAUAGUUUACAUCUGCUCCCAUUGUGUAUCC